GCAUUGCCACAGCCGUUGCACUGAGCCGCCCUGCAGCCAAGCUGGGACGAUGAAGCUCUUGGAGAACUCAAGGUUUGAAGCAAUAAACUCUCAGCUGACGGUGGAGACGGGAGACGCUCACAUCAUUGGCAGGUGAAAGCAGUACUCCUGCAAGAUGGCGGGGGACGACAAGCACAUGUUCAAGCAGUUCUGCCAAGAGGGCCAGCCACACGUCCUGGAAGCCCUGUCGCCCCCGCAGACCACGGGCAUCAGCCCCAGCAGGCACUGCAAGAGUCAGAGUGGGGACGAGGAGGGGCCCCUGAGUGACAAGUGCAGCCGCAAGACCCUCUUCUACCUGAUCGCCACCCUCAACGAGUCCUUCCGGCCCGACUACGACUUCAGCGCCGCCAAGAGCCACGAGUGGCCCGGAUUUCAGCGGGGAGCCGAGCCUCAACUGGCUGGGGCGCUCAGCAGAGCGGGAGGCAGGGUUCCUGCGCUCAGGCAGCUGCCUGGUCUCACUCCUGCGCUUGGUUUCCCCAGCGGCUCCACGUACCCGCGCUCGGAGGCAGGGAAUGAGCUGGACAUGGACCUCGGGGAAGACGACCAGGAGGGGGGCGUGGGCGCCCGCGACAGUGAAGGCAGCGGUAUCGCGGAGGACCG